GUGAAAAUGGCAGAAACGACAGCAGCAGCAGCCAUUGAGAAACCCAAGAUUACACUGUACUGGCUAGAAAAGUCUCGGUCGCAGCGCAUAGUAUGGCUUCUCCAGGAGGCCAAGGGUGUCGAUCUGGAGAUCCAGAUUUUCAAACGUGGAAAAGACAUGCUUGCACCGCCUGAAUUGAAGAAAAUCCAUCCGCUGGGGAAGUCUCCAGUGAUCUCAAUCAAAUCACAGAACACGCCGAAUGGUUUGGUGCUCAGCGAGUCGGGCGCACUCACCGAAUACGUAGUGGACCACUUUGCUCAGCAUCUUGCGCCCAAGAGGUAUCAAGAAGGUAAAGAUGGCCAGAUUGGCGGUGAAACCGAGGAAUGGCUUCGAUAUCGCUUGUACAUGCAUUACGCCGAGGGUUCAUUGAUGACUCUCCUCCUCAUCGGCCUCUUCGUUGACCAAAUCAAGAAUGCUCCCGUGCCGUUCUUCAUCAAGCCGAUAACAAGAACGAUUGGGUCUCGUGUCGAAGGACAGUUCUUGAACCAGAACUACGCAACGCACUUUGCAUUCCUCGACUCGCAGCUUGCAUCAUCGCCUGGUGGAGGACCAUAUAUUUGUGGCACUCAGUUGACUGCGGCCGACAUCAUGCUUUCAUUCCCGCUCAUAGCUGGGAAGAGCAAAAUUGACAAGUCAAAGUACCCGAAGCUUGGGGCGUACAUGGAGUUGUUGGAGAAACAUGAAGGCUACCUCAAUAGCAUCAAGAAGAUUGAAGAGGUGACGGGGGAGAAAUUUGCUCCAAUGCUGUAGAGUGGUGACAGCAAUUUGAAUCCUCAUCACUAUACAAGCCGCGUAUUUCAACGGAAUCGCCAUGUCUUAAAUAAUGCAGUGCAUCGUGUUCGCCUCCAAGUCUUCGCUGGGAUCCGUGUUCGACGAUGUUGAUUAUGAUCCAUGAAGCACGUCUCGAAAUGCCGAGAUUAUCUCUAUAUAAAAAUAAUCUGUUCGAUUGG